CAUGCAUGUAUGCAAAUGCGAUAGAUGAUAGGCUGAUAGUGAGCGACAAUAUUCGUAGACAGAAAUUUUGGGUAUUCAGUAGCAUCAUUUUGCCAACCCGCUUUUGGAUCUAGGUUGGAAUAGAAAUAGAGGCAUUAAUUGUGGCAUAUUGAUUAAUGAUGAUGAACAUGAACAUGAAAAUCAAAGUGAAAGAGGAGGAGAGAGAGCACAAGCAAAUGCAAGGAGAGUCUUCAGUUGAUGAAGAAGAAAAUGACCAUCUCCCAAUCUCUCAACUUUUCCAGCUCCUUCAACAACGCCAUCGCCGACCUCUUCAUUCUUCUUCGACGCCCAUGGAAAUUCAUGAUUAUCCCCAGAAGGCCGCAAGAUGCAAAAGGAAGAUGCCGACGGACAAGCAUUCCAACGAUCAUGUUGUCAGGGCUUUACCAGCUGUCAAAAGGAAAGCAGAAGAGGCUUGGGCAAAAUCCUCUGUAAUAGAGAGAGCAGAAGAGGUUCAAGCAAAUCUAUCAGCUGAGUUCCCUAGUUUUUUUAAGAUAAUGAUCCCAUCAAUAGUUUGUCGUGGCUUUUGGAUGUCAUUACCUAAAGAAUUCUGCCAAUUUAAUUUGCCAAGUCAUGACACGACAGUAACCUUGGUUGAUGAAAGUGGGAAAGAAUACAGGAUAAAUUUUCUCGUUCAAAGGAGGGCGCUAAGUGGUGGAUGGAAGAAGUUUUCCACAGAACAUAGUUUACUUGUUGGGGAUGCUUUAGUUUUCCAUUUGAUCAGGCCUUCCAAAUUUAAGGUGUAUAUUGUGAGGGUGAAUGGCUUAGCUGAAGUGGACGCAGCACUUGGCCUACUUAGAUUAGAGAAUAGUGCAAAGCAGACAGGCAUUAGAAAGAAUAGUUCAAAGCCUUUUCCCCAAGAUAUUGAUCAAUACGAAGUCCACAGCAAUAGCCUUUCUUAUCUUAGGGCUGAAGAAAAUCAGUCAGAGAAUGGCAGUUUGGAUAUUGGCUCCAGUGAAGUGGAAGGCAUUAGGUCAUCACCAGAACUAAAUGCUGAAUUCAAACAAUUGAGAGGUACUGAGAAAUUCACUAUUCUUGUAAAUGGUUUGGCCCUAGAUUCUACGCUUUCUGAAAGGCUUAGGAAAAAAUAUUAUGAGCUCUGCUGUUCCCAGAAAUCAUUUCUGCAUGAAAAUCUUCACAAGAACAUAAACUGUACACUGGCAGCUGAUAUAAUUAUUGAGACUGUUAAAAUUGCAGAUGCCAUUAGAGCUUCCAUGAGUUCCACCUCACAAGCUGAUUUUGUGGCUCGGGAGAACACUUUGAGUGGCUUUGAGUUUAUGGGUAUGGAUGUUGGUUUUUUACGCAACAGGGUGCAGCGGCUUCUGACCCUUGCUUUUGAAUCAAAAACGGAAGAGAGGAAGUACAAGGAAGCCAAGCUUGAGAAAGCUUAUGCAGAACGCGAAGCAAGGUCACUUGAAUUAGAGCUUUUGGUAAAAAAGAAGGAAAUGCACAGGCUGGAUGCCGAAGUACAGGCUCUGAAAGUGAAUGCUAAGAGGCAUAAACUUAUGUUUGAGGCAGCUGCUAAUGCUCCAUGGUGAUGACAAACAUUUUACUCGGUAUAUAUUGCAUAGUAUUAAUGCAUAGCACAGACAUCCCUAGUCCCAACAACAGAUUAACUAUUCAUCAUUGUAUUGGCCAUAAGGAAAUGGUAAAUGGUAGUACUUUUCUUCUUUUUUUAGCAUGGGUAUUACACAAGACAAACUUCUAAGUGCUGGGAAAAUUGAUAAUUCUUGAAGAUAGAUCAUAAUCAUAGUCUAGACUCUAGUGCUCUAAUUUUUUGAAUAUACUUUGGAAUUGAUUUAUGGGCAUUUUGGAAGAUUUUAAUUGAAAUUCUCUCUUUGAUGUUCUUGACUAAAUGUCUUGAGAUUGUUAGCUCAAAGGUUGAAAAUCCAAAUCUAAGCAGCACAAAUGGUAAACUGAUUGAGCCUGGAAAACAUAACCCUCACCGAGAAUCAAAA